UAUUUCUUGUGUUUUGAGUUUUGAUACCGUAAAACUUUAAUCGCGAUUUCUGUCCGAAAUAUUCUAAUUCUGAACUGCUUGCUUAAAAUUCCGAAGGUUAUUCUGUAAUUUAAUUAAGCAAGUUCCCUCAAACUUUAAGCAGCCGCAAAGACACUUUGAAACUGAUUAAAACGUUAAUGCUUCGCUUUCGAGGUUGUUAAGGCACACUGCACCGCCGCAAUAAUAACCUGUUAACAUUAAAGUUUUACAAGCUUAAUUUUUAUUGUGCAGAGAGGCAGUGUCAAAGUGCAGAUGUUGGCUGAGAGCUUGAAAUGUAUUGAUUUAGUAUUAUUUUUAAGUUUUAUAAAUCACACGGUUAAGGUAGAAAAGAUAGAAGAAACAUUUUGAGGACCUCAUCAGUUAGCUGCCACUUAUGUUUCGCUAUAUUAGAGAAACAUUUUCCCACCGCAUUCUCCAGGGAGCAGGAUAGCGCCCCCCUAUGGCAACUAGUGUGUAAUCACAGAGAGUGCUUGGAAACAAACGUGUCUUUGUCUGCACUGAGAAGCAAAAUGGAGUGGAGUGGGGUGGGCUGGGGGGCAGCAAUAGUGUAAAGAUUCACAAAGUUGUGAGGCGCACACACACAGAUACACGAGCACUCGUGCUCAGAGAAACGGGGACACACAUCAACAUUCAAACAGACAGACAGCUAUACAAAAGGUACACACACUAAAGGUACACUAAUGCUCUUGCUAAGACAAAUGGGGCCAUGCAUGCACACACACACACACACACACACACAAAUCAGUGCCACACUCGGGUCUUGGUAGAGCUCAGCCAGAAUAGAAAAAAGAGCAUGUUGACUCUCGGGGGCAGAACACGGAUGGAGCGGUAAUGGUGACUGUGUGGGAGAGAAGCCUACCACUGCAGCCAAGACGAGAGCAGACAGGAUGGUUUCCCACCGAGCACCAGCUUUCCCAGCAAUACGGCAAAUCCUCCUCGUUUUUUUCCUGUCAGGGGGUGUCCAGACGGUGAACGUCACUGGCCCAGGGGAGCCGGUGCGGGGCACACUGGGAUCCGAUGCCCUGCUGUCGGUCCAUUACGCCAGCUUCAGCACGGACCUGCCCAUCAUCCGCUGGCAGCUCCGGAGGGACAAGCCCCUCACCGUGGUCCAAUCCUUCGGCACCGACGUCAUCGGGAACCUGCGGCCCGAGUACCGGGGCCGCGUCCGGGUCUUCGCCAACGGUAGCCUGCAGCUGCAGGGCCUGCGGCUGGCCGAUGAGGGCACGUACGAGGUGGAAGUCUCCAUCACGGAUGACACCUUCACUGGGGAGACCAGCGUCAACCUCACCGUUGAUGAAAUCAUAUCCACACCCCGCGUUGUCAUGGAGACAUCUGCCGUGCUAGAGCACACAGAGGCGUUCACUCUCAACUGCUCCCACGCCAAUGGAACCAGGCCAACCUACAGCUGGCUCAAGGGUGGGAAACCUCUAGCCAAUGACACGCGCCUGCUGCUGUCACCUGACCACAAGAGCCUGACCAUCACACGUGUGAAGCCUCAGGACGAUGGCAUCUACCUGUGUCUUGUGGAGAAUCCCGUCACAAGCGUCAGGAGCACCCCCGUCAGGCUCACCGUCUACAGACGCAGCUCUCUCUACUUCAUCCUCGCCGCCGGAGGGGGUUUCCUCCUCGUCACCCUGGUGACGGUGUGUGCCUGCUGGGGCCCCUCCAAGAAAGAAAAGCAGCAUAACCUGCCAAGCUCUGUGAAGUAUGUGGAUCAGAACCGGACCAAAUCCGUAGACCCCCACGAGGAACGGCCCGCCCCUUCCGUCAGCCAGGCCCCCGUCACCGCCCCCCCUCCGUCACACGGCCCGCAGAUUCCCACGAAACCCAUGGUGCCCCCGCCGCGCGCCCACAAGCCCCGCCCAUCCCCGGGUCUUCCAGCCGUCAAGCCUGCAGGGGACUCCAAGCCCGUCGUGAAGUCUGGUGCGCUGCAGCAGCCAUAAUGGCCGCCCCCCUCCCCUCCCCACGUCUCUGCUAUUUCAGUGUAAAUACAGCCUCCCAGUCACCCGCCUGUAUUCUGCGGUAUUAUUAUUUGCUUGGAAUGUUUAUUCAGUCAUAUAGAUGUACAGUAAUUUAACAAAUAAGUGCCUUAUUCUAGAAGUGGUCCCAGGGUCAGUACAUUCAUAAAAACCUUGCAGGUAAAAGCAUCCAUUAACUUCCCGUAUUUGUUUUCACUCUCUGGCUCUCAUGAGCAACUUUGGGGAUGAUCUUAGUCCAGGUGGUACCCUUAGGAAAUGAGCUCUGUGAUUUCCAGGUGAUUUGCGAUCAGCUAUUUCACUGUUAAGAUCAAAAAUGGAAACUCCAAAUGGCAGCUGUUUGAACACUAAUGAGGUAUUUUAACUAGUCACUGUUGACAAACCCUCCUAUGCAUAUAUCUUUCAAUAAAAAUGUUUAGUUCAUUA